UCCUUCCCUCACUCUAUCUCCUUCCCUCCCCCUCUCUCCGCGGCAAUGGCGCCGGUGAGCGAGGGCAAGGCCCUGGCGCUGGGCCUACUAGCCGGCAUCGGGGCGGCCGGCCUCACGCUGGCCAUGGCGGCCUGGUACCGCCGGAGGAGAGAGGCCGAGGGCAGCUUCGGGGGAUGCAGCGGGUUGCCGGGCCGGCCGUGGGCGCCGAGGCAGGGGCAGGGCGACGUGGCGGACAAGUUGGACGGGCUGAUCCGCAGCCUGGAGGAGCUGAAGAGCGAGGUGAGGAGCCUGAAGGAGACGGUGCCCCGGGUGUACAGGGAGCUGGGCCAAGCUGGGACCGCCCGCGGAGCCAGAAAGAGAUGCAGCCCCGGACACACGGCUUCCAGGAAGAGGAAGAAAGUCGAGUGGGGCUCGGACGAUGGCGCCGCCGAUGUUGCAGCCACCGGACAAGCCUCCCUGAGCUCCGAGGAGGUGGAGAGUGAAAGAGGUUAUAUCACAGCGCACACAGAUACAGAAGAUUCUGAAGAAGACAAAUUGAAACAUUGCACUGUAAAUUCUGCAUUUGAAACUUCAGUGAGAGGUGCGCACGAGGGGAGUGGGACCAAUGAUUUUGAUCUUCUGAUGCAGAAAGCAGAUACAUUGCAUGGUAGUCUCAUGGCAGAGAAGAAUGAAGGAUAUCUGUUACUGCUUGAAAAAAAAGACCAGUUCCGGGACCAGGUAGAAUUUCUGUGGCGAUUAGCAAGGGCAUAUAGUGAUAUGCAUGAUAUUACACCGGAUUUGGAAGAUAAAAAAAACUAUGCUAUGAAUGGUAAAGAGUUAGCAUUGGAUGCAGUUAAUCUAGGCCCCGAGAGUGCUGAUAGUCACAUGUGGCUUGCAAUUAUUUUUGGCCAUCUUUCAGGGUACGGAAGUGUACAGACCAAAAUCAAGUACGGCUUUCUGUUCAAGGAACAUAUAGAUAAAGCAAUUGAACUGAGGCCACAAGAUCCCAAAUUGUUUUAUCUUCUAGGAAGAUGGUGCUAUGCAGCUUCGCAGUUGUCAUGGAUUGAAAGAAAAGUAGCUGCAGCCUGGUUUGGAGAGCCACCAAAUUCAACCAUACAAGAUGCGUUGCAAUGUUUUCUCAAGGUAGAGGAAAUACAAACAAGGUAUUCCAAAGAUAACUGUGUUUACUUGACAAAGUGUUACAAAGAACUUGGACAGAACACUAAUGCGCAAAUGUGGUGUGACAUGGCAGUUUCCUUUACUGACAUUAUAGAGGAACAAGAAACUCAAGAAGAAUUAGAAACUCUUGUCUCCAUCCUCAAGCAGUGAAUUGUAUUCCUUUGCAACGAUUGUGAAAGUUGUUUAAAUAUUUGGAUAACUGCAUUGUAGUUUUUUCUUGUUGAAAGGGACAAUAGGUUACAUUGAAAACCAGCACUGAGGAUCACUUCUUUAUUGAAUUUUGCAUUGUAGAUUUAUUUAUUGAAUCAUGUGAAAUUUGCUGAUUCUGCACCUAACCUGGUUAAAAUAUAAAACUCAUUAUUUUAUCCAUGGUAAAAUAAACAAUUAAAACAAUAAUUAUGGAUUAUAUCUACAAAUAAUUUUGUUUUGAUUUAUAAUCUCUAGAUUAUGAAAGGUUGCAAUUAUUUAGUAAUUUACUGAAGCCAUUGCUUGCCUUUUAUUAUGAUUCUUACUUGAGGUCCAAACUAAAAAAAAGUCUGAAUAUGGACUUUU